GCACCCGCUCGCUCUCUCCCACUGCUGCUCAGGAGGGAAGGCUGGAGAGGCUUUGCUCCAAAGGAUAUAUGCUGGAUGUUGCUGUGAGUGGGGGAGAGACAGAAGAAAACCCUCAGAAUGGAGGAAGAAGAAUAUGAGGAAGUUGUGGAGUACUACAUUGAGGAGACAGUUGUUGAGGAGGGUGAGCCACAUGAGGUGGUCACUGAGAUCACUGAGACCGUCAGCACAGAUUUCACAGGUCCUGAAACUACCACAACCACCUACAGUGUGGAGCAGGACAAACCUUCUGGGGAGGAUGCAGCACCUCCAGCCAGGACAAAGACAAUCCGGACAAAAGUGGACCCAUCCAAGUUUUUGACGCCUUACCUGGAACACAGCAACAAAAUGAAGGACCUAUUCAGUGAGAACAAGUACAAAGAAAAAUUUAGAAAAGAGAGAGGAAAGCCUUAUGCUUCCACAGUUGAUACCCCAGAAAUUCGCAGGAUCAAGAAAGUGCAGGACCAGCUCAGUGAGGUUAAAUACCGCAUGGCUGGGCAAACUGCCAGGACUAUUUGCCACGUGGAUGAAAAGGCCAUGGAUAUAGAACAUGCCAAGAAAGUGUCCCAGCAAGUGAGCAAGGUAUUAUAUAAACAGAACUGGGAGGAGAAUAAGGACAAGUACCUGCUGCCCCCUGAUGCUCCAGAGCUUGUGAAUGCAAUAAAAAACACAGCACUGUUCAGCAAGAAACUCUACACUGAGGAGUGGGAAGGAGACAAAACUCUGUUUUAUCCCUACAACGACAGCCCAGAGCUCAGGAGGGUGGCACAGGCUCAGAAAGCUCUGAGUGAUAUUGUCUACAAAAAAGGGCACGACGAGCAGAAAGCCAAAUUUACCUCCCUGCCAGAUCCCCCUGAUGUGGAACUGGCCAAGAAGGUGACAAGGCAGCUGAGCAAUAUUAAUUACCAUGAGGACUAUAAAAACAAAAUCAAAGGCAAGUGGAGUCAAACUCCGUGCUAUGACGUGGCCAUUGCAAAAAUGAAUGCAGAAAACCUAAGUAUGAGAAAGUACCAGGAAGACUUUGAAAACAUGAAAGACCAAAUCUACUUCAUGCAGACUGAAACCCCAGAGUAUGAAGCCAAUAAGAAAGCUUCAGAGAAUGUCAGUAAGGUGAAAUACAGAGCAGACUAUGAAAAGAAGAAAGCCAUUGCAGAUUAUAAUGUGCUUCCUGCUACGGAGAACCCAUUGCUGAAGCAAUUAAAAACUGCAGGCAAUAUUCUGAGUGAUAAAUUAUACAAAGAAGCCUAUGAACAGUCAAAAGGCAACAAGAUGAAUUACUGUGACACCCCCAAGUUCCAGACCGAUGCUGCUCUGAAGAAUUUCAGCGACGUGAAAUACAAGGAGGCCUAUCAAAAGAAUAUUUUGGGGCACUAUUUGGGCAGCUUUGAGGACCCACAUCACACGCACUGCAUGCAAGUCGAAGCUAUGAAGAGCGACAAAAACUACAAAGCAGAUUAUGAGGAGGAAAAGACAAAAUGCUACUUCCCCCAGACCAUAACUCAAGAGUAUGAAGCGAUUAAGAAGUUGGAGCAAUGCAAAGACCACACCUACAAAAAGCAUCCUGAUCAAAUCAAAUUCACUGCAGUCACUGACUCUCCAGUCCAGAAGCAAGCAGAGAUCAACAGCAAACAGCUGAGUGAUAUAUUGUAUAAAUCCAAAGGUGAAGAAAUAAUUCACAAGUACCACCUCCCUCCUGAUGUGCCCCAUUUCAUACAGGCCAGAGUUAAUGCCUACAACAUUAGUGAUGCUAACUACAAAGCAGACUGGAAGAAAACUCUUGCCAAAGGAUAUGACCUGAAACCAGAUGCCAUUCCCAUUAUUGCAGCUAAAGCCUCUCGGAAUAUUGCAAGUGAUUACAAGUACAAGGAAUCCUACGAGAAGGACAAAGGCAAACAGGUCGGGUACCGCAGCCUCCAGGACGACCCCAAACUCGUUCAUUACAUGAACGUGGCCAAAAUCCAGUCGGACCGUGAGUACAAGAAGGACUAUGAGGUCACCAAGACCAAAUACCACACUCCCCUGGACAUGUUCAGUGUGACAGCGGCCAAGAAGGCCCAGGAAGUGGUUACAAACAUGGGCUAUAAGCAGCCAAUCCACAAUUACACCCUCCUGCCUGAUGCUGUCAACCUGGAGCUCUCAAGGAACGUGAUGCAGCUUCAGAGUGAUAAUUUGUACAAGUCUGACUUCAAUAACUGGUUGAGAGGAGUUGGCUGGGUACCAAUCCAGUCCCUGGAGGUAGAAAAGGCCAAAAAAGCCACAGAGAUCCUCAGUGAGAAGAAGUACAGGCAACACCCCGACCAGCUGAAGUUCUCCAUCCCCAUGGAUGCCAUGGAGCAAGUGCUCGCCAAGCAAAAUGCCAAGACCAUGAACAAGAGGCUCUACACAGAUAAAUGGAACAAAGAGAAGACCACCAUCCACGUUAUGCCAGACACCCCAGAAAUCCUGCAGUGUAAAGUGAACCAGCUCACCAUGAGUGAUAAACUCUACAAAGCUGGCUGGGAGGAGGACAAGAAGAAGGGCUAUGACCUGCAGCCUGAUGCCAUCCCCAUCAAAGCUGCCAAAGCCUCCCGAGACAUCGCCAGCGAUUACAAGUACAAACUGGCCUACGAGAAAGCCAAGGGGAAGCACAUCGGGUUCCGCAGCCUCGAGGACGACCCCAAGCUGGUGCACUUCAUGCAGGUGGCCAAGAUGCAGUCGGAUCGGGAGUACAAGAAGGAUUAUGAGAAGGCCAAGACCAAUUUCCAAACCCCAGUGGACAUGGUCAGUGUGGUGGCAGCCAAGAAAGCCCAGGAAGUGGCUACAAAUGCCAACUACAAAAACCUGAUCCACACCUACAAUGUCCUGCCCGAUGCCAUGAGCAUCGAACUGGCCAAAAACAUGAUGCAGCUGCAAAGUGAUAAUCAAUACAAAGCAGAGUAUGAUGAAACCAUGAAGGGGGUUGGGUGGCUCCCACUGGGCUCCCUGGAAGCUGAGAAGAACAAAAAAGCCAUGGAAAUUGUCAGUGAGAAGAAAUAUCGGCAGCACCCGGACAAGCUGAAAUAUUCUGUUCCCAUGGACUCCAUGAACAUGGUCUUGGCUUUAAAUAAUGCCAAAAUCAUGGAUGAGCACAAGUACAAACAAGCCUGGGAAGAAGACAAAAAGAAAAUUCACAUCACCCCAGAUAUUCCACAGAUUGUUUUGGCAAAAGCAAAUGCAUUUAACAUAAGUGAAAAAAUGUACAGAUCUUCAUUUGAAGAAUCCAGGAAGAAAGGAUACGACCUCAGAGUUGAUGCCAUCCCUAUUAAAGCUGCCAAAGCUUCCAGGGAAAUUGCCAGUGAUUACAAAUACAAAUUAGGUUAUGAAAAGGACAAGGGCAAACUCGUGGGCUUCCGCAGCCUCCAGGAUGAUCCCAAGCUUGUCCAUUACAUGCAAGUGGCCAAGAUGCAGUCGGACAGGGAGUACAAGAAGGCCUAUGAGAUGAGCAAGACUCACUACCAGACUCCCACCGAUGCCCUCAGCGUGGUGGCAGCCAAGGAGGCCCAAGGCCGUGUGACCAACACCAACUACAAGCGCCUGAUCCACCAGUACAUGCUCCUGCCAGAUGCCAUGAGUCUGGAACUCUACAGAAACAUGAACCAGAUACAGAGUGAUAAUGAGUACAAGCAGGAUUACAAGGAGUGGUUCAGGGGCAUUGGCUGGAGUCCUAUUGGUUCCCUGGAUGUGGAGAAAUCCAAGAAAGCCACGGAGAUUGCGAGCGAUCGGAAGUACCGCCAGCAUCCCAGCCAGUUCUCCUUCACCAAACAGAAUGAUGCCAUGGACUUGGUCCUUGCAAAGCAGAAUGCAAAUAUCAUGAACAAACAUGCUUAUACUCAAGCCUGGGAGAAGGAUAAAACUCAGGUCCAUGUGAUGCCAGAUACACCAGAUAUUCUCCAGGCAAAACAGAACAAGACAAACUACAGUCAGAAACUCUACAAGCUGGGCUGGCAGGAAAUGAUAAAGAAAGGCUACGACCUCACACCUGAAGCCAUGUCAGUGAAAGCUGCCAAAGCUUCAAGGGACAUUGCAAGUGAUUUCAAGUACAAGGAAGGUUACCGCAAGCAGCAGGGACACCACAUCGGGUUCCGCAGCCUGCAGGAUGAUCCCAAGAUGUUGUGGUCUAUGCAAGUAGCUAAAAUGCAGAGUGACAGGGAGUACAAGAAAGAUUUUGAGAAGUGGAAGACCAAGUUUAACAUGCCUGUGGAUAUGUUAGGCUUCCUCCUGGCUAAGAAGUGUCAGGAACUGGUCAGUGAUAUCGACUACAAGCGGAUACUGCACCGCUGGACUUGUCUGCCAGACCAGGUUGAUGUCACUGAGGCCAAGAGGGUCAAUGAACUGCAGAGUGAUGCUGUUUACAAAUCAGACCUGGAAUGGCUGCGGGGUGUUGGUUGGGUCCCCAUUGGUUCCUUGGAGGUGGAGAAGGCCAAGAGGGCAGGGGAGAUCCUGAGUGACAAAAUCUACCGUCAGCACCCGGACACCAUCAAGUUCACCAGCGUCCCAGACUCCCUGCCCAUGGUGUUGGCCAAGCAGAACGCAGACACCAUGAACAAGCGUUUAUACACUGAAGCCUGGGAUAAAGACAAGACCUCGAUUCAUGUCAUGCCUGACACCCCAGAAAUCCUGCUGGCCAAACAAAACCGAGUGAACUACAGUGAGAAAAUGUACAAACUGGCCUUGGAGGAAUCGAAGAAGAAGGGUUAUGAUCUGCGUUUUGAUGCCAUUCCCAUUCAAUCUGCCAAAGCCUCCAGGGAGAUUGCCAGUGAUUACAAGUACAAGGAAGGGUAUCGGAAGCAGCUGGGCCACCACAUCGGGGCCCGCAACAUUGAGGACGACCCCAAGAUGGUGUGGUCGAUGCACGUGGCCAAGAUCCAGAGUGACAGGGAGUACAAGAAGGACUUUGAGAAGACCAAGACACACUUCAGCAGCCCCGUGGACAUGCUGGGAGUGGUGUUGGCCAAGAAGUGCCAAGUGUUGGUGAGCGACAUCGACUACAGGCACUACCUGCACCAGUGGAUCUGCCUGCCCGACCAGAACGACGUGAUCCACGCUCGGCAAGCCUAUGACCUGCAGAGUGAUGCUGUUUACAAAUCAGACCUGGAAUGGCUACGAGGUAUUGGAUGGGUUCCUAUUGGUUCCUUGGAAGUGGAGAAAGCCAAGAGAGCUGGAGAAAUCCUGAGUGACAGGAAGUACCGUCAACCUGCAGACCAAAUCAAAUUUACCAGUGUGACAGACUCCUUGCCCAUGGUCUUAGCCAAGCAAAAUGCUGAGAUAAUGAACAAGCGUUUGUACACAGAAGCCUGGGAUGCAGACAAAAAAACCAUCCAUGUCAUGCCUGACACACCAGAUAUUCUGUUAGCCAGGGCCAACGCAGCCAACGUCAGCAAGAAACUUUAUGUACAAGCCUGGGAAGAGGCCAAGAAGAAGGGUUAUGACAUGAGAGCGGAUGCAAUUCCAAUCCAAAGUGCCAAGGCAUCGAGAGAUAUCGCGAGUGACUACAAAUACAAACAAACCCACGAGAAGGAGAAGGGGCACUACAUCGGGCUCCCCAGUGCCAAGGAUGACCCCAAGCUGGCGUUGGCCGCGCGGGCCAUGGCGCUGCAGAACGACCGCCUCUACAAGAAGGGCUACAACGAUUCCAAGACCCAGAUCCACAUUCCCGUGGAUGCCCUGUCAGUGCAGGCAGCCAAGGAGUGCCAGACACUGGUCAGUGACAUUGACUACAAGCAGUACCUGCACCAGUGGACGUGUCUUCCUGACCAGAACGACGUGAUCCACGCGCGGCAGGCCUACGACCUGCAGAGUGACAACGUGUACAAAUCUGACCUGGAAUGGUUGAGAGGCAUUGGCUGGCUCACAGAAGGGUCUGUGGAUGUGGUGAAAGCCAAGAAGGCCCAGGAGCUCCUCAAUGACCGGUUGUACCGCACGCGGCCCGAGCAGCUCAAGUUCACCAGCAUCACUGACUCCCCAGACAUUGUCCUGGCCAAGACCAACGCCAUGCAGCUCAGUGAUCGUCUGUAUCGUGAGGCCUGGGAUAAAGACAAGACCCAGAUCUCUGUACCUUCUGACACUCCUGUAAUGCUGCAGUCCAAAGUCAACGCUCUCAACAUCAGCAAUAAACAUUAUCAGAAGGCCUGGGAUGAGGCCAAGGCAAAGAGCUAUGACCUAAGAGCUGAUGCCAUUCCCAUCAAACAAGCCAAGGCCUCCAGGGACGUUUGCAGUGAGUACAAGUACAAAGAGGCCCACGAGAAGCAGAAGGGGCACUACAUCGGGCUCCCCAGUGCCAAGGACGACCCCAAGCUGGCGUUGGCCGCGCGGGCCAUGGCACUGCAGAACGACCGCCUCUACAAGAAGGGCUACAACGAUUCCAAGACCCAGAUCCACAUUCCUGUGGAUGCCCUGUCAGUGCAGGCAGCCAAGGAGUGCCAGACACUGGUCAGUGACAUUGACUACAAGCAGUACCUGCACCAGUGGACGUGUCUUCCUGACCAGAACGACGUGAUCCACGCACGGCAGGCCUACGACCUGCAGAGCGAUGCUGUGUAUAAGGCAGACCUGGAGUGGCUCCGUGGAAUUGGCUGGUUGCCCAAUGAGUCUCCAGAGAUUAAGAGAGUGAAGAAUGCCCAGGAUCUCCUGAGUGACAACGUGUACAGGACACCCAUCGACAGCGUGAAGUUCACCAGUGUGGUGGAUUCCCCAGACGUUGUCCUUGCUAAAACAAACGCUGAACAGCUCAGCAUUCCAAAAUACAAAGAAGCCUGGGAAAAGGACAAGACCAUGAUCCAUAUUAUGCCAGACACACCUGAAAUCAACCUAGCCAAGGCUAAUGCUGUUAAUUAUAGCCAGAAAAUGUAUAAAGGAGCUUGGGAUGAGUUGAAGUCGAGCUACGAUUUGAGAGCAGACGCAAUCCCCAUCAAGACAGCCAAGGCUUCCAGGGAGAUUGCCAGUGAUUACAAAUACAAACUGGAGCACGAGAAGCAGAAGGGACAUUACGUUGGAGUUCCGAACGCCAAAGGAGACUCGAAAAUCCAGUUUGCCCUUGAUGUAGCCAAAGUUCAGAGCGAACGAGAGUACAAGAAGUACUUUGCCAAGCUGAGGACCCAGUGCCACCUCCCAGUGGACAUGAUGUCCAUCGUGGCAGCCAAGCACGGGCAGACUCUGGUCAGCGACGCCGAUUACCGGACGUACCUGCACCAGUGGAUCUGCCUCCCAGACCAGAACGAUGUCAUCCACGCCAGGCAGGCCUACGACCUCCAGAGUGAUGCUGUUUAUAAAGCUGAUUUGGAAUGGCUGCGGGGCAUUGGAUGGCUGCCAAAUGAUUCCCUUGGAGUCAAGCACGUCAAAUAUGCUGGAGAUCUCUUGAGUGAGAGAAAGUACCGCACAAAGGCUGAAACUCUUCCCUUCACCGCGGUGGCCGACAGGGUUGAUUAUGUCACAGCGAAGAACAGUGGGGAGAUUCUCAGUGAUAUUAAAUACCACAAAGACUGGAAUGAGGCCAAGUCCAAUUAUACCCUGACAGAUACACCACAGCUGGAUAUGGCUCGGGAGGCAGCCAGGAUUCUAAAUCAGAAUUUAUAUAAGGAAAGCUGGGAGAAAGAAAAAGCCACUGGGUACCUGUUACCUCCUGACACGGUGCAGAUCUCUCAUGCCAAGCACUCGAGCGAUGUCCAGAGUGAGCUGAAAUACAAAGCUGAGUAUGUGAAGCAGAGAGGUCACUACGUUGGCGUUGCCAAGAUGAGGGAUGACCCCAAGCUGGUGUGGUACGAGCACGCGGGCGAGAUCCAGAACGACCGCCUGUACAAAUCUGACUACAACAAAACCAAGUCCAAAAUCCACAUCCCUGCGGAUGCCAUGGCAGUUGUGGCAGCAAAGGAAGGCCAGAACUUGGUCAGUGAUGUUGACUAUCGCCAGCACCUGCACCAGUGGACGUGUCUUCCUGACCAGAAUGAUGUCAUCCACGCACGGCAGGCCUACGACCUGCAGAGUGAUAACGUUUACAAAUCCGACUUGGAAUGGCUCCGUGGCAUUGGUUGGAUCCCUCUGGAUUCGGUGGAGCACAAGAAAGUUAAGAAUGCCCAAGAACUGAUAAAUAAGAAAUCAUACACCAAAGAAGCCCUGGAUAACUUUUCCAAAUACACCAGUGUGGUUGACACUCCCGACAUCGUGUUGGCAAAGAUGAACUCUGUCAACCAGAGUGAUCUAAAAUACAAAGAAACCUUUAACCUUGAGAAAGGCCAAUACAUCGGGUCUGACGAUACUCCUGCGCUGCACCACGCCAAGGACAUGUCCUUACUCCACAGUGAGAAACUUUAUAAAAAGGCUUGGGAGCUCAGCAAGCCCAUUGGAUACACUCUGGAUGAGAAGUACGUGCCUCUCGUUGGAGCCAAACACGCAAACGAUAUCAACAGUGAGCGUAAAUAUAAGGAAAUAUAUGAGAAGCUGAAAGGCCAUUACCUGGCUGGGAAGGAAAUUGGGGAUUUCCCUGCUGUCGUUCACUCGCUGGAAUUCCAGAAAAUGAGGAGCGCGUUGGCCUACAGAAAGAAUUAUGAACACACCAAGAAAAAUGUCCAUAUUCCAAGUGACAUGAUGAACCACGUGCUGGCCAAGAAGUGCCAGCAAAUCCUCAGUGACCUGGAAUACCGAAGUUACUUCCAUCAGUGGAAUUGUUCCCCUGAAGAAAAUGAUGUUAUUCACGCCAGAAAAGCCCAGGAAAUCCUGAGUGAUGCAGUGUAUAAAGAUGACUUGAACUGGCUCAAGGGAAUUGGAUGUUAUGUCUGGGAUACUCCACAAAUCAUACAGGCUAAGAAGUCCUAUGACCUCCAGAGUCAAAUAAAAUACACAUCUGCAGGAAAGGAGAACUUCCAGAACUUCAGUGUGGUCACAGACACCCCCGUCUAUGUGACUGCUCUGCAGAGUGCUUUCAACGCCAGCGACGUGAAAUACAAGGAAGAAUUCCAUAAAACUAAGGACAAGUACACGCCUGUGGCUGAAACAGUGGAGUCUGAAAGAGUUCAGAAUUUGAAACAUCUUUAUAGCAAUAAUCUCUACAGGAAAGCCUGGGACAAAGUGAAGGCCACUGCAUAUGCCAUACCCUCGGAUUCCGUAGCCCUGGCACGUGCCAAGGAGCUGAAGCACAAUGCCAGCAUUGUCAAAUACCGUGAGGAAUAUGACAAGUUCAAAGCACUGUACACAAUUCCCAAGGGGGUGGAGGAUGAUCCCAACACAGAACGGUGCCUCAGGGUCGGGAAGCUCAACAUUGAUAGACUGUACAAAGAGGCCUAUGAGAAGACUAAAGCCAAGGUGCACAUCGUCCCAGACAUGAUGGACAUCAUUGCUGCCAAGGAUGCCCAGAAGAAGAUCAGCGAGGUCGAGUACCGCACCCACCUCCACGAGUGGCUGUGCCUCCCGGACCUGCAGGUCAACACCCACGUCCGCAUGGUCACCGACCAAGUCAGUGAUGUGAUCUACAAGGAUGAUCUGAACUGGCUGAAAGGCAUUGGCUGCUUUGUUUGGGACACCCCAGAAAUCCUCCAUGCCAAGCAGGCCUAUGAUCUCCGCAGCGAUAUUAAGUACAAAUCUAAGGCAGAAAAGAUGAAGAGUGACUUCACUGUGGUCACAGACACCCCUGUCUAUGUCCAGAAUGUCCUCAGUGCCUUGAAUUUAAGUGAAGCUGUGUAUCGUGGUGAUUAUGUGAAGAAUGUUAAAGGCAAAAUGAUUUCUACUGAUAAAACCAUCGAUUUGGAGCGGGCAUAUAAUGCAAACAAGAUACAGAGUGAGAAUUUGUAUCGCUGGGCUGGUGUGAAUGCUCUGCCCACUGGCUACAGCCUUCCCACGGAUACUCCCAACUUCCAGCAUGCAAAACAUGUCCAGCACAUUGGCAGCGAUCUGAAAUAUAAAGAAGCCUAUGAACACAUGAAAGCCAAAGGUUAUACUCUGGGGCCUAAAGAUGUUGGCUUUGAAACUGCAAGGAAAGUGAAUCAAGUCAUUAAUGAGAGGCUCUACAGGGCAACGUACCACAAGACCAAGGACAAGAUCCACACCACUCCAGACACCCCCGAAAUCCGGCAGGUCCGAGCGACCCAGGAAGCUGUCAGUGAUCUGAUCUACAAGUCAGAUUUCUUCAAGAUGCAGGGCCACCUGAUCUCCCUGCCUUACACCCCCCACGUGCUGCACUGUCGCUACGUUGGGGACAUCACCAGUGACAAUAAGUACAAGGAGGAUCUGAGGUGGUUGAAGGGCCUGGGUUGUUUCCUGUAUGACACUCCUGACAUGGUCCGUGCUCGUGAGCUCAAAAAGCUUUGGUCUAAUUACAUAUACACUGGUACUGCAAAGAAGAUGUGGGCCAAAUUCAACGUGGUGUUGGAUACUCCUGGAUACAGAGCAGUUCAGGAGCUAAAAACCCAUUUGAGUGAACUGGUUUACAGAGCUGCAGGCAACGAGCUGAAGACAAAAUACACUUCCAUCCUGGACACACCUGACUUGAUAAGAGCCAAGGAAGGACAAAAAAUACAGAGCCAGUACUUGUACGUGGAACUUGCCACAAAAGAGAGGCCCCACCAUCAUGCUGAUAAUCAGACUCAAGCCUUUACACAUGCCAGGCAAGUCAAGGACAUGAUCAGUGAGAAAAAGUAUAAAACCCAGUAUGAGAAGAUGAAGCACAAAUACACCCCCAUCCCUGACACCCCAGUGCUGAUCAGAGCCAAGAGGGCCUAUCUGAAUGCCAGUGAUCUGCGCUACAAAGAGACCUUUGAGAACACCAAGGGCAAGUACCACACGGUGAAGGACGCCCUGGACAUCAUCUACCAUCGCAAGGUCACCGAUGACAUCAGCACUAUCAAAUAUAAGGAGAAUUAUAUGAGCCAGCUGGGAAUCUGGAGAUCCAUCCCAGACCGUCCGGAGCAUUUCCAUCAUCGCCUGGUCACGGAUGCCAUCAGUGAUGUUAAAUACAAGGAAGACUUGGAAUGGCUCAAGGGCACUGGGUGUUAUGUGUGGGAUACUCCAGCUUUUGUCCUGGCAGAACAGAAUAAAGUGCUCUACAGUGGGUGCAAGUACAAGGAGUCGUUUGAGAAGACCAAGUCCCAGUUUAAGUACGUGGCUGACUCUCCAAUUAACGAGCAUUUCAGAUAUGCAACUCAGCUGAUGGAUGGGAAAUUAUAUAGGGCUGCCUAUGAGAAGCUCAAAGAUAGGUACAGCGUUAUUGUGGAUGAUCCCAGGAAUCUCCUGGCCAAGUGGGUCUCCAGGCUGAGCAGUCAGAUUCAAUACAAAAAGGACUAUGAGAAGAAGAAAGACAAAUACACCACAGUUUUGGAUACCCCGGAGUACCUGAGGACCACCAAAGUCAACAAACAGAUCAGUGAUAUUAUUUACAAGCUGGAGUACAACAAAGCCAAGCCCAAGGGCUACACCACCAUCCAGGACACGCCCAUGUUGCUCCACGUGCGCAAGGUCAAGGACAGGAUCAGUGAUCUGAAAUACAAAGAAAUGUAUGAGAGGAGCAAAUCUCGCUGCAACGUCGUGGCAGAUUCGGUUCAUAUCAAGACUCCAAGACACGCUUACAAGCUCAACAGCAACCUGGAUUAUAAGAAGAAAUACGAAGCAGCCAAGGCUCACUGGCACCUGAUUGCUGACAGGCCUGACUUUGUGCAAGCAGCCAAGUCGUCUCUGCAGCAGAGUGAUUAUGAAUACAAACUGGACCGGGAAUUCCUGAAGGGAUGCAAAAUCUCUGUCACUGAUGAUAAAAACACAGUGUUGGCCUUAAAUAAUGCCAUUUUAGCCAGUGAUGUAAAAUACAAAGAGAAGCACAACAAAGCCCGGGGAACGUACCAUGUGGUCCCAGACACACCUCAGAUCCUCUUGGCCAAGAACGUCAGCUCCCUUGUCUCUGAGAACAAGUACAAAGAACACAGCAAGAAGCAGCUUCCCCAUGGCUCUUUCACGACCCUGCCCGAGACACGAGACACGGCUCACGUCAAGGAGGUGACCAAGCACGUCAGUGAGACAAACUACAAGAAGAAGUUUGUGAAGGAAAAAGGCAAAUCUAAUUAUUCUGUCAUGCUGGAGCCUCCUGAAGUGAAACAUGCCAUGGAAGUUGCCAAAAACCAGAGUACAAUUGAAUACAAGAAGGAUGCCAAGUCAAAGCUCCACUACACACCAAUAGCAGAUCGGCCAGAUAUUAAGAAAGCAACUCAGGCUGCCAAGUUAAUCAGUAAUAUUGAGUACAAAAAGCGUGGAGCAGCUGGUGUGGGGGUGACCAUGCUGGGACGGCCAGACAUUGAACUGGCCAAGGAGGUGUCCAAACUCACCAGCCAGGCUGAGUACCUCAAACAACACAUGAGGGGCCACGGAGCUGCAUCCUAUGACACCCCCUGGAUGAGAACCUUUAAGAAAGCCAAUAUGCUCAGUAGCCAUGUGAAAUACAAGGAGAACUUUUCCAAAGAGUUGGGUAAGAAGCCAAAGUAUGACCUAAAGGAGGCCAAAAUCUACAAGACCAUGAAGGACGCCCACAACAUGGCCAGUGAGGUGAAGUACAAAGCUGACCUGAAGAAGCUCCACAAGCCCGUCACGGACAUGUCGCAGUCGCUGCUCAUGAACCACGUGCUGAGCACGAGCCAGCUCGCCAGUGCUUACCAGUACAAGAAGCAAUAUGAGAAGAGUAAGGGUCACUACCAUGUGGUGCCAGAUAAUCUUGAGCAGGUUCAUCUCAGGGAGGCCUCAGAACUCCAGAGCCAUGUGAAAUACAAGGAAAAGUAUGAGAAGGAAAAAGGAAAACCCAUGUUGGACUUUGAGACUCCAACAUACCUGACAGCAAAGGAGUCCCAGCUCAUGCAGAGCGAGAAAGAAUACAAGAAGGACUUUGAGGAGUCCAUGAAGGGCAGGAACCUGACUGGCCUGGAGGUCACACCAUCCCUGUUACACGUCAAAUAUGCAACCAAAAUAGCCAGUGAGAAAGAAUACAAGAAGGAUCUGGAGGAAGGUGUCAAGGGGAAAGGACUGACAGCCCUGGAGGAGACUCCAGAGAUGUUGAGAGCCAAGAAUGCAACUCAAAUCCUCAAUGAGAAAGAGUACAAAAAAGCCUUGGAGUUAGAAAUCCGAGGCAAAGGCCUGACAGAGCUGGCCCUGGAGACCCCGGAUUUCGUGCGGGCCAAGAACGCCACGGACAUCGCCAGCCAGAUCAAAUACAAACAAUUGGCAGAAAUGGAGAAAGCCAACUACACCAGUGUUGUUGAUACUCCAGAGAUUAUUCAUGCCCACCAGGUCAAGAACCUUUCCAGCCAGAAAAAAUACAAGGAAGAGGCAGAGAAGAGCAUGUCACACUAUGUGCCUGUGGCAGACACCCCAGAAAUGCAGCGAGUCCGGGAGAACCAGAAGAACUUCAGCAUACUCCAGUACCAGUCAGACCUUCAGAACAGCAAAGGAAAAGUCACAGUUGUCCAAGACACCCCAGAGAUGCUGCGGGUGAAAGAGAACCAGAAGAACUUCAGCUCGAUUUUGUAUAAAGAAGACAUUGGAACUGGAACCACUAUUAAAAAGACACCAGAGAUGCAGAGAGUUAAACAAACCCAGGAUAAUAUCAGCUCGAUCAAGUACAAGGAGAGCAUUGGGAAGGGAACCCCCAUUCCCGACCUGCCGGAGGUGAAGCGCGUCAAGGAGACCCAGAAGCACAUCAGCUCGGUGUUGUACAAGGAGGAGCUGGGCACGGGCACCCCCACGCCCGUGACCCCCGAGAUAGAGCGAGUCAAACGCACGCAGGAGCACAUUAGCUCGGUGUUGUACAAAGAGAAUGUGGGGAUGGGGACCCCCACCCCUGUCACCCCCGAGAUGGAGAGGGUCAAACGCAACCAGGAGAUCUGUAGCUCGGUGUUGUACAAGGAAAACAUAGGGAAAGCCACCCCCACCCCCGUCACCCCCGAGAUGGAGAGAGUCAAACGCAAUCAAGAGAUCAUUAGCUCGGUCCUGUACAAAGAAAACAUGGGCAAAGUGACGCCGACCCCCGUCACCCCCGAGAUGGAGCGAGUCAAACGCAACCAGGAGAUCAUCAGCUCGGUUUUGUACAAGGAGCACAUGGCAAAGGGAACUCCGACCCCUCUGACUCCGGAGAUGGAAAGAGCCAAACGGAACCAGGAGAACAUCAGCUCGGUUCUUUACUCCGACAGUUUCCGGAAGCAGGUCCAAGGAAAAGCCGCCUACGUCCUGGACACGCCGGAGAUGCGGAGAGUGAGGGAGACCCAGAAACACAUCUCCACAGUGAAGUACCACGAGGACUUUGAGAAGAGCAAAGGGAGCUUCACCCCCGUGGUCACCGACCCCAUCACGGAGAGGGUGAAGAAGAACAUGCAGGACUUCAGUGACAUCAGUUACAGGGGCAUCCAGAGGAGGGUGGUGGAGAUGGAGCGCAAACGUGUGGACCAGGACCAGGAGAACCUCACAGGUCUCCGUGUCUGGCGCACCAACCCCGGAUCCGUGUUCGACUACGACCCGGCCGAGGACAACAUCCAGUCCCGGAGCCUGCACAUGAUCUCAGUCCAGGCCCAGCGGCGCAGCCGGGAGCAUUCCCGCUCCGCCAGCGCCCUGAGCAUCAGCGGCGCCGGAGACGAGAAAUCCGAGCCCUCGGAGGGCACCGACCAGCGCCUGUCCUACUACAGCAACGGGGGCUUCUUCACCACCACCACCACAGUGGGCUACAAACAGGUGAAAACCAUCGAGCUGCCACAACAACGCUCGUCCUCGGUGGCCACCCAGCAAACCACGGUGUCCUCGGUCCCCUCCCACCCCUCCACUGCUGGGAAGACGUACCGGGCCAUGUACGAUUACACGGCGGCCGACGCCGACGAGGUUUCCUUCAAGGACGGCGACACCAUCGUGAACGUGCAGGCCAUCGACGAGGGCUGGAUGUAUGGGACCGUCCAGAGGACCGGCAAGACCGGGAUGCUCCCGGCAAACUACGUGGAGGCUGUGUAAGAACCCCCUCCCACCGCCCAGAGGGGCAGAAAAGGGGGGGGGACACCUCCCAAAGCCCCUCCUUGGAGAUGGCACCACGUCAGAAAAAGUAACUGCAGAGCAAAACAUCCUUGAAACGUUAUUUCAAAACUUUGAAGUCACCUGGAAA